AAAGUUUUUCCUUUAGAAUUUUUUUUUCAUAUUGUUUAGUUGUUUAUAUAUUAUAUAUAUUUAUAGAACAAUAUAAUUCUACAAAUUCUGCCAUUUAAUAAAUUCAAAUACAUAAAAUUUCAAAUCAUUGAAUCAUGGAUUUAGGUCUAAUCAAACCGAAUAAUGAAUUGGAUGGUCAUUUGAAACAGGCACGAGAAUCCGGUAAUAAAUAUCGUUGGCUAUUAAUCAUGAUUGAUCGACAAAAAUGUCAGAUGACAUUGGAGAAUAAAUUUAUCAAACAAAAAGAUUGGAAAAAUGAUUAUCAACGUUUCUACAAUCAAAUUAAUCGUGAUGAUAAUCGGCCAUUCUUUUUGCUUAUUCAUCUUGAUGCUGAUGAUAUUAAUUGGCUAUUGAUACAUAUGUCACCACCGAAAUCUGAUGUUAAACAAAAAAUGGUGGCCGCAUCAACCAAAGCAACAUUGAAGAAUUCAUUUGGUUCACCAUUAAUAACAAUGGAUUUGUUUAUCGAAGAUUUUGAUGAUCUUAGUGUUGAAAAAAUUUAUGAUCAAAUUCAAACACGACAACAUGAUAAACGACAAGUGCAAACAUUACAAGAACUUGAACAUCAAAAACAACAAGAAUUGGAAGUAAUGCACAAGAUUGAACAUUGCAAUCUAGGUCGUUCCGGUGGAGCAUUGCAUUUUAAUUGUCUAUUGGAUCAAACGGCUGAAAUGGAAUUGAAAAAUUUUCAACAAGGCCAUCAUUGUUGUAUUCGUUUCAUAAUGUCAAAUGAUUUUUCUAAAGUUGUUUAUGAUGGUAAAUUAACAUUGGACUAUUAUCCAUUAUUAUCGAAACGUUGGGAUUAUAAACGAUCAGAUGAACAUGGCCAAAUGCUUUUGCCUGAACAUUUUCAACCAGGUUAUAUAAUAUUUCGUUUUCGUCAUUUUAAUCCAUUAGAUGAUUAUGGUGAAUCAGAAGAACGUUUCGUUAUGAUUAGCUAUGUACCAAGCGAUAAUACAUUGCCGGCUAAAUUAAGAUUUUCCUAUUCAGUUAAUCUAAAUUCAAUGGUUGAAAAAAUGAAUGAUAAACUAGAUAAUCAUGUAAAAUAUUUUGAAGCUGGCUCAUUGGACGAAGUGACUGUUUUACGAAUAUUCUAUCUAUUAUAUCCAUCAUUGGAUACGGAUAUGCAUGAACAAAAACAACAAAAUGAAAUGGCACCACCGUUAAAAUUUGAUAAACCAUCGUCACGUGGUCGUGGUCCACGUCGUAUUAUUCGAUAAACAAAAAAAUAUAUAUAGAGAAACAAUAACCAAAAAAAUCGAUCAAAUUCAAUAAUCAAACAAACAAACAA